CCCCCCUUCCGAAAGAUGACUACAACCCGCCAGCAGUACACUUCUACACUUCCGUCAAGAAGGACCGACAGUGAAAACCGCUCCACAGAACAGACCGACCAAAGGACCCAAGUCUUGUAAUCGUCAUGGAAACAACGUUGUUUCAUAUAACAGGUGCAGUAAUUCUGAGCUUAAUAGUUCAACUAUCGUCAGCCCAGUUCGCUAGCCUCAGAGAAAAAGAUGAAGCAGAGAGUAGAGACCGAUUCAACUUCUUUGACCUAGAACUUCUAAAGUCGCUGGCCACUUCUCAGCAGGGCAACUUGCUGUUCUCACCAGCCAGUGUGAAGGGUUCAUUAUCAAUGGUUCUGGAAGGUGCAAGGGGAAAAUCAGCCAAGGAGUUGAAAGAGGCUCUCAGACUUCCAGAAGACGAGAGAGCUGUAUGGGCACAUUUCAGCAAUUUUCUCAACUCCUUGCAGGUAAAUAAUCCAUCUAACAGAGUGGAGGCAGCAAACCAGAUAUUCUUUUCCCACACCAUCACUCCACAGCAGCAAUAUGAAGGUAUACUCAAGAAACAUUACAUGACCGAAAUUGAGAAGGUGGACUUCACUUCACCUGUUUAUGCAGCGGAGUUAAUUAACACAUGGGUCAACAUGCACACACAUGGACAGAUACCGUCUCUAGUAGACCCAGGCAGCCUCUCAGCAAAUACUAAGCUAAUGCUUGUCAAUGCACUAUACUUCAAAGGAAAAUGGAAGUAUGCAUUUGACUUCGACAAGACAUCAGUGAAGUGCUUCUAUGUGGAUGUGAACCAGUGCCUGGACUCAUAUUUCAUGGAGAGUGUUAAAGUCUAUAAUUAUGCCUAUAUUAACAACCUCCACGCACAUGCAGUUGAAUUGCCUUAUGAGGGUAACAAGUUCUCACUGCUGCUUCUGCUACCAAACAAACCAAAUACAGCCCACCAACUGGUUCGUGACCUGACCCAUGUUUCACUUCAUAACAUUGUGUCUUCUCUAGACGCCACUGAGAUCUUGGUCUCAGUGCCACGGUUCAGUAUAGACUACAGUACUGACCUUAUUCACAAGCUUAUUGAGCUGGGGAUUCAAGAUAUAUUUUCUACAAAUGCUAAUCUGACUGGUAUGGUUCAAUGGGGAAGCCAUAAUUUUCAUAUUUCAAACAUCUUUCACAAAGCUAAGAUUGAAAUUAAUGAAGAAGGGACUGUAGCUGCUGCAGCCACAGGUACCCUGAUUGUCCCUUUAAUAAGUAUGAGUCUACCAAAACUGAUCUUCAACCACCCAUUUCUGUUCUUCCUCCGAAACACUGAAACGGGGGACGUUCUGUUUGCCGGCCGCAUGUCACAACCUGAAGCAGCCAGACAACCUGUUGUGGGAUCACUAAGUGAAUCCGAGCUGUCUGAACUAACUCAGAGCAUUUUCACUUCAAAACCAGCCACAGGAGCAGAAGUCCCAGUCAGCAACACCAACCAAGCAUCAGUUCCUGCUGGCGGUACAUUCAACACCAACUCAAAACCCCCUGUCCCUCAAAUACAACCUACCAUCAGAAACCAUUAUUCAUAUCCAAAUAAUGUAAACAAUGGAAAUAACUUUCCUUCAUCAGCUUCUUCCCAGACUUAUCGAAGUUCUCUCCAACCACGUUCAGCAAAUAACAACCCAUCUCAAUCAAACACUGCACAGUAUAAACCAUACGGCAACAGUGAAAUAUACCAUGCUUCUAAUCCUGACACAGUUGGCGUACAAUAUGCUCACGCUCCUGUACAGUUUUCAUCAGUAUCUGGAAGCUACGCAUCCUCCACGAACAGUGCACAAUAUCCGUCAGACGUGAACAAAACCCCACAAACUGGUGUAAGAAACAUAAAUCAGAGCUACAACGACAGAAUCCACUUCUCACCAUAAGAACUGUACAUUAAAAUAUUAGUGAGCAUUAAUUUUACUCCCAUUUCAGAAUCACAUUUCACCUCUUUUUGCUUCAUUAUGUGAUAUAAUGAUUGGAUCAUUACUGUAAUUUCAAAGCAGAUGUGGGAAAAUUUCUGUGCUGCAAUGGAUACCUGUUUUAGUAAAUAACUGAUAUGCAUGUGUUCUUAUUUAAAAAUAAACAUUUAAAUUUACACAGAA